AGUAACAUGUUGUUUAAGAUUGCAAUAAAAAUUGAGAAGAGAUUACAUAAGUUAUUUUACAACUUUCACUGUUGGUCGGAAGAACUGUAUCUCCCAGUGUCUACUGGAAAGUGCCCACACAAAUCCACACAUAUAAAGCUUUCUCUUUCUGCACUUUGAAACCCGUCUUUUUCAGCAAGUCACCGGGUUACGUAAAUGUUAUAAAAAUGUUACCCAAUUUCCCGAAAAUUUAUGCCCCCGUUAUAAAUCUCACUUUUUCCAACAAACUCUCACUCAUCAACACAUUUUCAUUUAUUUUUUUUUAUUAACAUAAAAUCUCCUUUUUUUUGUAGAAAAUGUUUUUAGCAAUAUUUUUUUUCGCCAUAAUCCUCGGUUUGCUUAUCUACUUGGAUAGUAAAAAACCAAAUAAUUUUCCACCCGGUCCAAAAUGGCUACCAAUUUUUGGAAGUGCUUUAACCGUAUUUAGAUUAAGAAAACGAAACAAAUAUCUUUAUUUAGGAACCGCCGAGUUGUCAAAUAAAUACGGUCCUGUUGUGGGAUUAAAAGUUGGUAUUGAAAAAAUAGUUGUAGCCUACGGUUUGCAUGCGAUAAGAGAAAUGAUGUUAUCAAACGAUAUGGUUGGUCGGCCAACAGGUCCAUUUUACGAAUUAAGAACGUUCGGACUUCGUAGAGGAGUUUUAUUAACGGACGAAGAACUUUGGUACGAACAAAGAAAAUUUGUUGUGCGUCAUUUAAGAGAAUUUGGUUUUGGUAGAAGAAGUAUGUCUGCGAUGAUCGAAGACGAAGCAAAAACGAUGAUUUUACAUUUUAAAAAACAAAUGGAAAAAGGACAAAAUUCGGCUGUUAUUGAAAUGGAUAAAAUGUGUGGUGUUCAUAUUUUAAAUACUUUAUGGAUGAUGCUCGCUGGUACUCGAUAUAGUCCCGAAGAUUUCGAAUUAAACGAAGUACAAAGAAUAUUAACAGAUUUAUUUAAAAACAUCGAUAUGGUUGGAGCUUUAUUUAGUCAAUUUCCCUUACUUAGAUUUAUAGCACCAGAUUUUUCUGGUUACAAUUUAUACAUGAAAUCGCAUCGACCUUUAUGGAAAUUUGUCAUCGAUGAAGUGGAAAAACAUAAAAAAACUUUCGUGGAUGGUUGCGCAAGAGAUCUUAUCGACGUUUAUUUACAAAUGUUAAAUUCAGAAAAUCGACCAGACACUUAUACGGAACAACAAUUAUUAGCGUUGUGUAUUGAUUUAUUCAUGGCUGGAUCUGAAACGACCACAAAAUCUUUUGGCUUUGGAUUUAUGUAUUUACUAUUAAAUCCGGAUGUUCAAAGGAAAGCUCAAGCUGAAAUUGAUGCAGUUGUCGGUCGACAUCGCUUACCAACAAUGCAAGAUAGACCAAACAUGCCUUAUUUAGAAGGUGUCGUUUUGGAAUCAAUAAGAAUGUUUAUGGGACGUGGAUUUGGAGUUCCGCAUAGAGCUUUAAAAGAUACAUAUCUUCAAGGAUAUUUCGUACCAAAAGAUACAAUGGUUGUUCCAAAUUUUCAUGGAAUACUUAACGGUGAUGAAUUUGGUUGGAAUGACCCGCAAGCAUUUCGUCCGGAUAGAUAUAUAAUAGACGGAAAAAUGAUGAAUCUUCCAGAAAAUUACAUCCCAUUUGGUUUGGGGAAAAGAAGAUGUAUGGGAGAAACUUUAGCAAAAGGAAACUUAUUCAUUUUUAUGGCAGCAUUACUGCAACAUUUUGAUUUUGCAAUACCUCAUGGUUCUGAACCAACUAUUGUAGAGACUGAUUUCUUAGAUGGGGUUACACCUGGACCGAAGCCUUAUAAAGCUUUGAUUACUCUUAGAAGUUAAGUUUAAGUUAUUUUAGUGAAUUUAAUGAUUUUAAUGUAGUGUUUGUACAGAAUAGUUUAAAACUGAGUGUGUCAAAUAAAAACUCAUUUUUGUUUG